GAUAGAUCUGUGCUUUUUGAACCGGGAUGGCCGAGAGAACCUCUGCCGGGCUGCUGACCGUGACUCUGGAGCCCACGCCGGCUGUCGCGAUGACCCUGCCGGUGGAGGUCCGGGCCAAGUUGGCCGAGUUGGAGUUGGAGCUGUCCGAAGGGGACAUCACUCAGAAGGGCUAUGAGAAGAAAAGAAGCAAACUGCUGGCACCGUACAUCCCACAGAUACAAGGUGUUGAUCCCGCUCUGCAAAUAGACAGCCGGAUCCAAGCCUCCUCCCAGGCUGUUCUGUCCGCAUCCAAACACAACAAAUCUCGGGCAGCCAACACGAGGGAUGAACGCUUUCGCUCUGAUCUGCACACAGAAGCCGUCCAAGCAGCUUUGGCCAAAUACAAAGAAAGGAAGAUGCCCAUGCCGUCCAAGAGACGAUCCGUACUAAUCCAGUCCUCUGUUGAGGCAUGCACUCCGCCAGACACCUCCUCUGCGUCGGAAGACGAGGGCUCGCUGCGGCGAAAGGGACGUCUGACCAACUCCACUCCCAUUCAGAGCCACAGCCACCCGGCAGUGGAGCACUGGUUUAACCGGGUCAUCCAGGGUUCGUCCACCUCAUCUUCUGCUUCGUCCACCUCGUCCCAUCCGGGAGGGAGGUCUGUCACCGCCAGCACCAACGCUAACAGCACCACCCUCAACGCCAACACCAAAGCUACUGCGUUGGCUGAUCUUAUGUCGCACACCCAUCUCGAUAACCACAUAGCUCCCCCAGACGUGACGGGCCUCUCGGAGCGCUCCUCGCUUCAUGCGGAGCAGUCCCACAUUGCCUCAGUGCGAGGCGUGUCCCGUGGCUACAACCACCACACCAACAUCAUGGAGACAGCAGAUGGGUGUGAAUGGAGAGGUGAAGAAUCCCUCAUUUUGAUGAAUGGUGUUCCAGUCAACAGCCGCGUCUCCUCCAAAAUCCAGCAGCUGCUCAACACGCUGAAAAGACCGAAGCGACCGCCUUUGCGAGAAUUUUUUGUGGAUGACUUUGAGGAGCUCAUGGACGUCCAGCAACCCAACCCAAACCAGCCAAAGCCAGAAGGCCAGUUGACGUGUCCCCUCGAGGGAGAGCCACUCGGAGUGGUCACAAACUGGCCUGCCUCAUUGACAGCAGCGUUGCAACGAUGGGGAACCACGCAGCCCAAGAGCCCUUGUCUGACGGCGCUUGAUAACGCCGGCAAGCCUGUUUACACCCUCACCUAUGGCAAACUCUGGACCCGCAGUCAGAAACUGGCAUACACACUUCUCAACAAGCUGAGCACCAGGAAUGAACCGUUGCUUGUGCCUGGCGAUAGAGUAGCCCUUGUAUUUCCCAACAACGACCCCGUAAUGUUCAUGGUGGCGUUCUAUGGCUGUCUGCUGGCAGAGCUGGUGCCUGUACCCAUUGAAGUGCCGCUGACCAGAAAGGAUGCUGGAAGCCAACAAAUUGGCUUCUUGCUUGGCAGCUGCGGCGUGACAUUGGCUCUUACCACCGACGCCUGUCAGAAAGGUUUACCCAAAGCACAAACUGGAGAGGUAGCCACAUUCAAAGGCUGGCCCCGCCUGCUUUGGUUUGUGACUGAUGGGAAGCAUGUUGCGAAGCCUCCCAAAGACUGGCAUCCUCCCAUACGUGAAGCAAGCAAUGACAUAGCCUACAUAGAGUAUAAAACCAGCAAGGAGGGAAGCACCAUGGGGAUCACAGUGAGCCAUUCAGCCAUGCUGGCUCACUGUCAGGCUCUCACACAAGCCUGCGGCUACACUGAAGCUGAGACCAUAACCAAUGUGCUGGACUUCAAGAGAGAAGCGGGUUUAUGGCAUGGGGUUCUCGCUAGCGUCAUGAAUCGGAUGCAUGUGAUCAGCAUUCCUUACUCCUUAAUGAAAGUCAACCCUCUCUCGUGGAUACAGAAAGUACACGCAUACAAAGCACGGGUGGCCGUGGUGAAGUCGAGGGACAUGCACUGGUCUCUGCUGGCUCAAAGAGACCAGCGAGACAUCAGCUUGAGCUCUCUGCGCAUGCUGAUUGUAGCCGACGGAGCCAACCCAUGGUCAAUAUCUUCCUGCGAUGCCUUUCUCAACGUGUUCCAGGCACGUGGGCUGCGACCCGAGGUGAUCUGUCCAUGUGCCAGUUCUUCAGAAGCCAUGACUGUCGCCAUCCGGAGACCUCCAGAGACGGGCGUCCCUUCACCGGGCAAGGCGGUGUUGUCUAUGGGUGGACUGAGCCACAGCGUGAUCCGCGUGGACACUGAGGAGAAGCUCUCUGUCCUCACUGUGCAGGAUGUGGGACAGGUCAUGCCCGGAGCUUUGGUAUGUGUGGUGCGAGCGGAGGGGACGCCGUACCUCUGUCAGACAGACGAGGUGGGAGAAAUCUGCGUCAGCUCAAGAUGCACGGGCGCGGCUUAUUACGGCCUUCAGGGCAUGACCAAGAACAUAUUUGAGACCACACCAGUCACGUCAACUGGAAUUCCAGUCAGUGAUCGAACCUUCACCAGGACCUCCCUGCUGGGUUUUGUGGGACCAGACAGCCUCGUGUUCGUCGUAGGGAAGAUGGAUGGCUUGAUGGUGGUCAGUGGGCGGAGGCACAACGCUGACGACGUUGUCGCCACGGCUCUUGCGGUGGAGCCCAUGAAGUUUGUUUACAGGGGCAGGAUAGCUGUUUUUUCUGUGUCGGUGCUACACGACGAGAGGAUUGUCGUGGUGGCGGAGCAGAGACCGGAUGCCUCUGAGGAAGACAGUUUCCAGUGGAUGAGCCGCAUCCUUCAGGCCAUCGACAGCAUCCACCAAGUGGGUGUUUACUGCUUGGCCCUGGUGCCUGCCAACACGCUUCCCAAGGCCCCCCUCGGCGGCAUUCACAUAUCAGAGACCAAACAGCGCUUCUUGGAGGGUGCCUUGCAUCCUUGCAAUGUCUUAAUGUGCCCUCACACGUGCGUCACCAACCUCCCCAAGCCGAGGCAAAAGCAGCCGGAGGUUGGGCCUGCUUCUAUGAUCGUAGGCAAUCUGGUGGCAGGGAAGAGGAUCGCACAGGCCUGUGGGAGAGACGUAACCCAGUUGGAAGACAAUGAGCAGUUCCUCUAUAUUCAAGAUGUGCUACAGUGGCGAGCGCAGGCCACUCCGGACCAUCAGCUGUUCCUUGUUCUGAAUGCCAAGGGCACGGUGGCCAGUGCAGCAUCUUGUCUUCAGCUCCACAAGCGGGCCGAGCGCGUGGCUGCAGCUUUGACGGCCCGUCUCAACACCGGGGACCAUGUUGCCCUUGUCUACAUGCCAGGUAUCGACCUGAUCGCCACCUUCUAUGGCUGCUUGUAUGCUGGCUGUGUCCCGGUGACUGUCAGACCUCCACACCCGCAAAACCUGGCCACCACCCUUCCCACCGUCAAGAUGAUUGUUGAGGUCAGUAAGUCAGUGUGUAUCCUGACCACUCAAGCAAUAAUGAAGCUGCUGAAAUCCAAAGAGGCCGCUGCUGCAGUGGACGUCAAGAGUUGGCCAAUGGUGCUGGACACAGAUGACCUCCCCAGGAAGAAAAGCCCUCAGAUUUACAAGCCCCCAACUCCGGAGAUGUUAGCCUACCUUGACUUUAGCGUUUCCACCACAGGCAUCCUGGCAGGAGUCAAAAUGUCCCACGCGGCCACUGGUGCUUUGUGUCGCUCCAUCAAGCUGCAGUGUGAGCUCUACCCUUCUCGCCAGAUCGCCAUCUGCCUGGACCCGUACUGCGGCCUGGGCUUUGCGCUCUGGUGCCUGUGCAGUGUGUACUCUGGUCACCAGUCCAUCCUGGUUCCCCCUCUGGAGCUGGAAAGCAACGUGUGUGUAUGGCUGGCUGCCGUCAGCCAGUACAAAGUUCGUGUCACCUUCUGCUCCUACUCAGUCAUGGAAAUGUGCACCAAAGGCCUGGGCUCGCAGACGGAAGCGCUACGGCUGCGGAAUGUCAACCUAUCGUGUGUGCGCACGUGCAUGGUGGUGGCGGAGGAGCGGCCUCGCAUAGCGCUAACGCAGUCUUUCUCCAAGAUCUUCAAGGACCUCGGGCUUUCGGCGCGUGCCGUGAGCACCACCUUUGGCUGCAGGGUGAACGUGGCCAUCUGUUUGCAGCCCAACAGGUUAGGGAAACUGGUCGAGCAGGGCACAGCGGGACCGGACCCCACAACGGUUUACGUGGACAUGAGGGCUCUGCGACAUGACAGGGUUCGCCUGGUGGAAAGGGGAUCCCCGCACGGUUUGCCCCUGAUGGAGUCCGGCAAGAUCCUUCCUGGAGUCAAGGUGAUUAUUGCCAACACGGAGACGAAAGGUCCCUUGGGAGAUUCUCAUCUUGGAGAGGUGUGGGUGAGUAGUCCUCAUAAUGCGACGGGCUACUACACCGUCUACGGAGAAGAAGCGUUGCACGCAGACCACUUCAACACCAAGCUCAGCUUCGGGGACACGCAUACGGUGUGGGCAAGGACGGGCUACCUGGGCUUCCUGCGCCGCACGGAACUGACAGAUGCCAGCGGAGAGCGCCAUGAUGCCCUCUAUGUGGUGGGCUCGGUGGACGAGACCCUCGAGCUUCGGGGAAUGAGAUACCACCCGAUUGACAUCGAGACCUCUGUCAUCCGUUCCCAUAAGAGCAUCGCUGAAUGCGCCGUGUUCACUUGGACCAACCUGCUCGUAGUGGUGGUAGAACUGGAAGGCUCGGAGCAAGAGGCCCUGGAUCUGGUAGCCCUGGUCACCAACGUGGUGCUGGAGGAGCACUACCUCAUUGUGGGCGUGGUGGUGGUGGUCGACCCCGGCGUCAUCCCCAUCAACUCCAGAGGGGAGAAGCAACGCAUGCACCUGCGAGACGGCUUCCUGGCCGACCAACUGGACCCCAUAUAUGUGGCGUACAACAUGUGAGGGGCACAGCAUUGGGACGUCGCGGCCAUUCCCCGCCGUUCAUGUGCCGCAGCGUUUUGUUUGCCGCGGACCAGCGGCGACACCGGUCCCGCUGCGGUUUUUUGACAGGGACUCUGUUGUGAUGUCCCCAACCAUCACCGUUGCAUGUGUUGCAUUAAUUAACAGGACAGUGGCAACAGAGUUGUAGGGGACUUUGUAGCUCGAGUCACCAGGUGCAGUGGAUAUCAUAAGUCCACACACCCCCGUUAAAUGUCAGGCUUUGGUGUGAAAAGAAAAAAAAAUACUUUCCACAAUUAAUGUGACUUAUAACCUUUACAACUCAAUUGAAAAAGAAUAAAUCUAUCAGACAAAUUGAUAGUAUUUGCCCAAAAUACCUACAGCGUGUUCAGUAUUGCUCUUGGUCGCUUGGCAUCUUGCCUGAUCAGUUUUCCUCUCAUCUUUUCAUCACUUGUGAAGGAAUGUUCCAUUCUUGGCCACGCCGCUUGUUGGUCCAUCUUUUCUCCAUUCGAUGACGAUGUGUUGUAAGGUAUAUUUAAUGCCUGGAAAAUUGUUUUGUACAUGUCUCCUGAGAGACGUGACAAGACUGAUGCUCAAGACCGUGGCGAUAAGAUGUGAUUACAGAAAUGUCAGGAAAGGCCUGGAACAGCUGAGCUUUUUUUCACAUUUUAAUUGAUUUGUACAAAUAGGUCACAUUUUAUGGCGGUGAAAAAAGGUUUUGACUAUUUAUUUUGGUUUCAUUUUUUUAAUGAUCACAAACACCUGGUAUUUGAAGAGGGGUAUGGAGACUUUAUAUUCGUUCGAUUGUACUCUGCAAGUAGAAAUGGGCAUUUUGACUAACCAAGAAAGUUUUUUUUUUUUUUCCAAUUUAGUAUUUUUUUUAAAUAAUUGGUAUAGGAAAUGUGUCUUGGAAUGUUCUGCUCCUGUUAGGAUGCCAGUUUUUAGCAGAAUAAUGGAGCCUGGUCCAGGUCUGUGUCAAAAUAGCCCAACUGCUCUUUUCUCUUCUUCAGGACACAAACUAAUUUAGAAUGUGUCCACAGCGCCCCUGCAGGUUGCAGUCAAACAGUGCACUCACAUUUUUGCUUCAGGAUACAUGGAUUGUUUUUCCCAUCCCAUUGAGAGAUGUUGUGGUUCCACUCAACUUAUCAUAUAGUUUUGUGCGUUCCCUUUUAUUUGUAAACCAAAUGCGAUAUGACUGAUGUAAAGAAAAUGUGGCUUUGAAAUUAUGUGGUGACCAUGCCUUAAGUGUCUUUUCUACCUCCCGGCUCUGCUUGGAUUUCAUGUAGUGCACUUGGGCAGCUGUCAGAGAGGAAGUCCAGGGGGUCUUUGGAUUUACGAUGGAUUCAUAUUCCUGGGGGGGGCCACAACAUGACUUAAAUGUGUAGGUUUUUUUUUUACCUAAUCUUUAUCCUACGCUAAUGCAGCAGGAAGUCAUAAUUGCAGUCAACAAGUAACAGAGAAGACUCGGCUGCUCAUCUAAUUGUUCGCUUAUCUGAUUACUACACUGCAGCGGUGAACACUCCAUCAUUUUGAAUUUGGGGAAUGUCUUUGUUGACAACAAACAAGCACUUGUUGCCGUAUUUGAGCUCCAAUUUAUUUCAUAACACGCGCCGCAUGUUGACAACAGAGUCUGAGGCUUUGCCUAACUGUAUUGACCUCACCCGUAAGGAUUUGCCAUCGUAAAUAUUAAGCCUGGUUAACUUACCUUUGUCUGCCCCAACCGUAUUUUGAGCAGAUGGAGGAAGAAAAAGUACUCGUAAAACACCUGACCACCCAAUAUCGAUUAAUCCUCACUGGUAUCGGGCCGCGGAUGGUAAAUUCAAUAUAAAGGAUUCAAGCGCAGCCGAUGUUGGACUCGCAAAACGAGGGCACCCUGAAAAGAACUUUUUUCCCUAUUGCGCCCACAGUCUAACAAAUGAACAUAAUUGAUCUUCGGACAGCUAUUGCAAACAGCACUCAUGUAGUCAGUACGCACAAAUGUAGUCAGUGGCUUUUUGGUAAAAUGAAGGAAUGAACCUGAAAUGUGCGAUGACCUUACAGAUGGAACUGUCCCGUACUUUUUACACAAUUUGUUCUCUAUCAAGGAGCUGUAAAUGUGCAAGGGUGUGCAUUUGUGUACGCCUUUCUGUGACCUUACCGGUCUCUUGUGUUGCAACAUGCUGAUGCCACCGCGUGAGAACACCCUGUUUGAAGUUGGUGGUGUUUCCUUGGUCUUACAGUAUCAAAAAAUCAACAGCCUCAUAGUUUAAAUAACAAUUCUAAUUGAGCCAGGAAAUGGAUUGAUCCAAUUACGGCUGAAACGCUUGUAAAUUUUGCAUAUCAGCUCCUUGUUAAAA